AGCCCAGUUUUCUUCAUUGUUAGAACAUGUACUAUACAUAUAAAAUCUAAGUCUGAAUGAAGCCAAUUAUGAAAUUAAUUGCAGAUUUUAUUAUAGCAUAUUGAUAUUUUCACGUCAAACAUGAUCAAAGUGAACAUGCAAAGAACAGGAAGGAAAUAAACGAGGUUUAUAAAAUGUCUGAGUAUCCGGAAAUUGCAGGCGAACCCGGAGAGGAGGAGACGAAUCCUUUAGGGUUAUAUGAAGGCGAACGAAACGAGAAAGGAGAUCGGCAUGGUCGAGGGAAAGCUUUGCUUCCGAAUGGCGACAUGUACGUGGGACAAUAUUGCAAAGGAUUAAGACACGGUCCAGGAUUGUACGUAUUUAAAAAUGGAGCACGAUACGACGGGCAAUAUAGACAAGGCGUGAAGUAUGGUCAAGGAACAUUUUGGUACCCUGACGGCACUCGAUACGAGGGAGAAUGGAAACGGGAUACGAAAUACGGUUUCGGUGUGUAUUACUACGUAAAUGGUGACGUUUACGAAGGUUCUUGGAAAAAGGAUCUUCGACACGGUAUGGGAUCUUAUCUUUAUGCUGAUACGAACACGAAAUUUAUGGGCACUUGGAUCAUGGAUCGCAUGCAAGGACCAGGACAAUUGAUUCACCCACGACAUCGAUUCCACGGAUAUUGGGAAUUAAAUUUGCCAUACGGUCGGGGUUGUUUUACCUUCGAAAAUGCUUGUAUGCAGCAUGGACACUAUAUACAUGUCAAAGAUCCUGAUUAUAUUGAAACCCCGGAGGAAAAUAAAGAUGAGACUCAACCCCAACCUGAGAAUGUUGAGAAAACGGAAAUGAAGGAAAGCACAGGACCUCCACCGUUUGAACCACCUCCUCUAAAAAAAGGUUUUAUUCCUUUAUGGCGAGCACGUUGUAUUACACCUUAUAAUCCUGAUUUAUUACCACCUGAACCAGUACCUCUUCAGGAAGAGGUAUCCUUGGACUCUCUAGUUGAUAAAUGUUCAGAGGAUAUAUCAAGAGCUGAAGAAUAUUUGAAAUACGAAGAUGAAUAUGAGGGAGAAUAUGAAGAAUAUUAUGGGGAAAAUGAUAUAAAUAAUAUUUGAAUAUAACGUGUACGUGAUUAGAUGAAAAUGCAACAUGGUCUUUUUUUUAAGCAGUUUAUUUAGGACAUUAUUAUAAUAACAAAUGUGCGUGUGUGCCCAUAAUGUCGAAUAACGUAAGAACUUGAUACGUAGGCACGCAUAGAUCUUGUUGACAAGUCGCAUCGUCAAAAAAGUGUACAGUGUAUUACAUUGAAUCAGCAAUAAAUAUACAACGCGGUUACGUGUAUAUAUAUUCGUAUGUCUGCUAAGCAAUACGUUCAAAUCGAAGAAAAUUGCAGUCUAUUCGGUUAACUUGUAUGAGAUACUUUACAUUAGUCAUAGAUUAUACCAUGUAUUUUUCCGUUUUCUUUUAUUUCUAGGUUUUAAAAGCGCAAGCCGCUCGUUUGCCCGUUCACAUGCGUGCAAGCGUGUGUCCAAGAGUAUAAUAAAUCAAACGUAAAACACAGAUAGAAAUUAUGGGGUUUCGACGUUAUAUACACACUUCUUAAAUAGGAAGACGAAAAUAGUCGCUUGAAAAGUAGGUAAAGAUGUAUGAAAGUGGAAGAAACGUUACUUUUAAAGUUCUUAUCAUCCUCCUCAAUCGGCCCCUAAAUACCAAUUAAACGUAACAAUUUCUUUAAAAAAAUUUUGUUUCCCCUUCUAACAAUACUAAUGAAUACUGGCAUUUGAAUAGUUUCGAAAUACUAAAAGGCGCAUGUAUUUAAUAUACAUUUGUAUAUAUCGCCCUUUAGUUUUCAAAUGAGUCUUUCUUUUAUAAAACGGUGUUAUUCGACUACAUUGACAUUAAAGGCUCAAUGGAGGUCGAAAAGUUUUUUUAAAAGGACGGAGGAAGAGGGCAAAGGAAUAAAAAAUGUGUUGCGAUAUUUCGCAGUCUUUUCAACAAUAAGCUAUUUUGUACGAGUGAGCGAACCCUUUUCACUUGCACUGGAUUGUUAAACAGCUGCCGUUUAAAGUCCUACGAUGUGAUUCGUGAUAGCACAUUGACGGGAAAUCAUUGUUCCUCUUUUGUAUGUAUCACAGUGUUCGAUGACACCUUCAUGUGAAUAUUUUGUGACACGUCCUGAGAUUCUACACAAGUAAGAAUAUCGUUACGAAUCGUGCGCUGAUAAUUCGGUCUACAACAGGUAUGCACAGCAAGUAGUAAGAUAAACACGGGCGCCUGAAGCAUUACGGGGGGCACCUUAGCGCCUUACGAGUACUGUCGUAUACAUGCCUGUUACGGUCUCAGCGAUUUCUUGGCACAAUAUCAAAAGAAUUCGCGAUUAUUGCGAAAUAUCCACAGCCCUGAAUCGAUUAAAACAUAUCUUCUAUUUUCUCUCUCUCUCUCUCUCUCCCC